UACUACCUUCGACCGCAUAUAUCGUCGGUGAUUGUCUUCUGUCUGUCUCUGGCUAGCUGGGGCCGAAACUUGCUGUUGGACAGGCAAGAUUCCCUGUCCCUGUCAAUGUCCGCCAUGGAUCGCACGGAACAUUCUCCGACAUCCCAAGUUGAUGAUGCCCCUUUCCUACCCUCGGCUUUGCUCGACAUGCGUCGCAAGUCAAUUCCGUCGCGCGCACUCGCUGCGAGUCCUCCCCCAGCUUUUGACCCUGCUUCCCCCGAAGUCAUCUCUUCUCUGAUCUCGUCUCUGUCGACCAUCUCGAUACCUCUUCAGACGCACUUUGACAACGUUCCGCGCAUUGACACCAAGACCGAUCCCGACUCGCCCGUCUUUUUCGCCCCCGAGAAACAUCACAUUCCGGACCAACGCCCGGUCAGCGCGCAUGAACUCGGGUUGAGUCUCGGGGCGUUUCAGCCGCCCGUGGAGACGUCACAGGGUCCCUUUCUGCAUCCAGAUGAUGCAGCAGUUGCUCCGAUCAUUCGCAUGGCCCGCGCGCCGCCACCCCCCAAACACAAAGCUGCCCUCGAUUCGCCCUUGUCUCCAGGGAGACCGACAUCAAGGGGCUCCUUCACUUCGUCCAAGGCCGCCUAUGAAGAUUCCGCUUUUGGUACAAUCACCGCUGAGCCAGGUCCACGGCUUUUAACUGCGAGUAGUGUCGCCUCGUCCGGAUCCAAGAAAAGCCUCAAACGCCAAGUCAGCAUCUUAAAGCGAGUUUCGCGAGAGUUUCCCAGCGAGAAAGAGCGGCAGCUGGAUCGACUGCGCAAAACGAACAGCUUCAACGACGGGCUUCGUCAAACUACACCGCGCAAUAGGGCUAGUGUACGCUCUCUCCAUUCCAUGGCCGACGUGGUUGAAGAAGGACGUGCUCCGCCACUCCGAUCCCCAACUGAGACCACUACCGAUUCUUCAUUAAGCAGACCUCCCAGCAAGGAACGCAACUCAUUGCAGGGCAACCAAGAAAGUACGCCCAAUACUCCAGGUGGCAUUGGGAGCGGGCGCGUUAUCCCUACCCGCGAAUCAUCCUUGCGACAUAGUUUCUCUUUGAGCUCCAAGCACCGAAGAUCUUCUACUCGCCAUAGCCGGUAUUCAUCUACCAGUAGCAGAGAGAUGAAAGUGGACAGUGCCGUUUCGGGGGUGGGCAGUGAUUCGGAUCAGGUGACGAAGAGAAUCCAAGAGUUGAAGGACCAGCAACAGAAGAUCAAGACCGAGCUAGAAUUAGAUGACGCCUCGCUGAACUCACCUAAAGAGCCCAUUGCCAAAGAUGCGCAGCCGUUGGCAUCUGCGGGACUUGGUGGAACUACCGAUUUACAGCAAGCGGGGCAUAUAUCUCGCUUCAGCUUUGACGAGAGCGCUCCAGCUCCAGCAGUCUUAACGGGCAAAAGCCGCUCUGCAACCUCAAUCAGUCCCCCAUUCACCUCUAGAUCAACCACUACAUCCAUCCAUUCGUUCGACAAAUAUGACCCAUCUGAGAAAAUGACGCACAGGCAUGUGGCCGACUCACCGUCUCCCUUCCGUCAUACUCGAUCUCUAUCGAGCGCGAGUUCCCCUACUGCUUAUACCGCCGUAGAAGAGCGCCCGUCCAGCGCUGACUCCAUCGACCUUGCAGUUCAAGACUAUGUGACGGCCGCUAAGCUGACCCAGAGGGUCAUUCACCCCACGUCAGGCCGCUCUAUAGCAUUUUCAGAGGUUGGAGACCCUAAUGGUCAUGUGGUUCUUUGCUGCCUCGGCAUGGGGUUGACGAGAUAUCUGAUGGCCUUUUAUGACGAGCUGGCAAGGUCUCUCAAGCUUCGUCUGGUCACCUUAGAUCGUCCUGGAGUCGGUGAAAGCGCACCCUACAUCAACGAACCGGCAACCCCUCUUAGUUGGCCUGAUGAUGUUGCGAUAGUAUGUAAUCAUCUUAGAGUAACAAAGUUCUCGAUCAUGGCACACUCCGCUGGAGCUAUUUAUGCGCUAGCUACGGCUUUGAGAAUUCCACAGCAUAUUCGAGGAAGAAUUCAUCUGCUAGCUCCGUGGAUCCCUCCUUCACAGUUAUCCAGCUUUGGCUCAUUGAAGGCUCCAGUUCCGACCAAUGCCGUCCCUUACACCCAACGCAUUCUCCGAGCGCUCCCGACAUCGAUCCUUAAGGUCGCGAACUCCAGCUUCAUGAGCGCAGCAAGUGCGAGUCUCACCUCCAGUCUCCCCAGGUCACCCCGGCGAGCCAAGCGCAAAGCGCUACAGAGAGACAUCUUAAGCUCCGCUGUUAUCGAGUUCAGCAAGCCCCAACAGCUUCCAGGGAAGGUUCACCAGCAAGGCGGUCUGAAAGGCCUUGAGAAUAAGAAGCCUACGCCCAUAGUCGUAGGAGCAGGCCAUCCCAUUGACAAACAUCUAUCGAACCAGGCCGCACUUGCUGCAUCUCAAGAUCGUGAGCGGCAGGUGGAUUACGAUAAUCGGCUCACCCACAGGAUCUGGGAAUUAGCGACGACCAACGCAAACCCGGCGGUAGAUUUACUGGUGUGCUUGGAACGUCGUCAACCUAUUGGAUUCCGCUAUGUGGAUAUCACUCGGAAUGUGGUGAUCCACCAUGGUAGCCGAGACACUCGCGUUCCUGUCGACAAUGUCAGAUGGCUGGGGAAGACUAUGCGACGCUGCGAAGUGCGUGUGCUUGAAGGUGAAGGGCACGGAUUGAUGGCCUCAGCUACGGUGAUGGGCAAUGUGCUGAUGGAAAUUGCCAAGGAGUGGGAGGAUUGGAUGGUUGUGGUCCAAGGCAAGCGUAAAGGGACUAUUGGGCCGCGCUCAGGCAUCGCAGUUCAAGCAUGAUGAUGGCUUGGGUCCUUACCAACUUCCUGGAUCUUCGCUAUGAUCCCUAUCACAAAUCACGCGACAAAAGAGAAGUCAGCGAAGAUCGGUCAAACGGAAGAGAAACGUUGCGCUUUUUGGACGAGGAUCAUCACCACCACAAUACCCGUCAAUUGCUCAGUCGAACCGCUGCAGGGUAUGCGGGAUGACGAAGCGACCUUAUCUUACCAUGUCAG